AUGUCCGAGGUUCGCAGCUUCACGGCUCGGCCGCUGUCGAAACAGGCCCGGAGUGAUCUCAAGGAUGCAUUUCGAGUCUACCUAUCUUCAUCCUCCCUAGCUGCAUUGAGGCUCCGCGCUGAUGACCUCUGCUGCCUGACAUCGGCCGAAGGAACCCCGAAGACCGCGAUUGCGUGGACUGCAGUGGAGAAUAUACAAAGCACCGUGGUGCAAACCUCGAGGGCUCUCCAGGACUGCUACGGAAUCAAGAUCGGAGAAAAAGUCACCAUUAGUAAGAUUGACGGCGCUCUCGAAGAUAUUGAAGCAGUCUUCCUGCUCGACUGUUCCGACUCCGAGAAAUUCGCGAGACAUGGUCCCAUAGCUGCCGAGGAACGGUGCCACUGGGAAUGGGCGUUGGAAUUUCAACUUUUGAGAUGCGAGGUCCUCGCUACCGGCCUCACUUUCGAGUUAGAACUCAAGGGUCAGCGCAGGAGCUUCCAGUUGGUCAAUAUACAAACCCAGAAUUCAAGCACCAGUCGCACUAUUUUUCGGUUCACGAAGACUACCAAGGUCUGCAUUGGAACGGAGAUGGAAGCACCCGAAGAGCCUUCCUCCUCAAGAAUUGCUGUUCAAGCUACGAAUCUAGGGGGUCUCGCGCGGCAAAUCGAAGACAUCAACGAGAGCUUGUCCGACUUUCACAUUGAUCCACGCAAACCGGUCAUGCCAUCAUUCUACGAGCACAGCCGCGGUAUUCUUCUCUAUGGACCGAAGGGAACAGGCAAGACGGCCCUGUUGGAGCAGAUUGAAAAGGCCGGCUGGAAACAAGUCUUUAAAAUUGGCACCUCAUCGCUUGGUCGAAGCAUCAGCGAAAGUGAGCUGAAGCUUCGCAAUACCUUUCAAGAGGCCGCGCGCUCAAAGCCCAGUAUCAUCAUCAUCGAUCAGCUGGACUUUGUCGCACCGAAACGGACCUCUUUGGAAUCACAGUCACUAGCUUCCGUUCUUUGUGAAAACUUGGAUGCGAUUCGGAGUGCAUCUAUUCUGGUCGUGGCCGCAACACGGCAUCCAAACAACGUGGACGAUGCGCUCAGAACCCCACAUCGGUUUGGCGCAGAGAUCGAGCUACAGGUCCCCACGGCCCAGGAUCGGGCAGAGAUUCUUCGCGCCAUUCGCGGACCCGUUUCUGCUGGACUUACCGAUGAUUUCAUUGAGUUUCUCGCAGAGAAGACACAUGGAUACGUCGGCGCCGAUCUCUUUGCUUUACUGCAAUUGAUUUGCCGGAAAGCCCGGCAAAGGCAAUUGCUCGAACAGGACUCUAAACCCUUGUCUUUGUCCCAGAACUCUGAUCCCUCCGCUAGACUUGAAAGCGACCGGGAGAUCAGCGUCGACCUAGCGAUACAGGAGACAGAUAUCAUGUCCUCCUUGCAAGAAAUCCGUCCUACAGCCAUGCGCGAGGUAUUCCUGGAGACUCCAAAGGUGAGAUGGUCAGAUAUCGGCGGGCAGCAUGAAGUGAAGAAGCGCUUGCAGCAAGCCGUCGAGAGACCUCUUAAGUAUCCUCAACGGAUGCAGCGGCUCAACGUGAAGAGCAAAAAGGGCGUUCUUCUUUACGGCCCCCCCGGCUGCUCCAAGACAUUGACUGUCAAAGCCCUGGCUACAGAAGCUGGGCUGAACUUUUUGGCAGUCAAGGGUGCGGAAAUUCUGAGCAUGUACGUUGGGGAGUCUGAGCGAUCGCUGAGAGAGAUCUUUCGAAAGGCUCGAGCGGCGCGGCCCAGUAUCAUCUUCUUUGACGAAAUCGAUGCCAUAGCUGCGCGACGCAGCAGCAGCUCCAACGGGGGUGUCAAUGUUCUAACGACCCUCCUCAAUGAGAUGGAUGGUAUCGAAGAAAUGAGGAAUGUACUGGUCAUCGCGGCCACCAACAAGCCGGACGUUCUAGACCCAGCCCUUAUGCGUCCCGGUCGUUUGGAUAACAUCCUCUAUAUUGGACCGCCAGAUUUCGAGGCGAGGAAGGAAAUCCUUCGAAUCUGGUCUAGCAAAUCCGUCGUCGAUCCGGACGUGGAUCUGGACGAACUAGCGACCGUGACCGAGGGCUAUUCGGGAGCGGAGAUGGUGAGCAUAUGUGAGACUGCGGGAGAUGCGGCAUUGGACGAAGAGGAAGAGACCCAACAAGAGCAAAAUGUGAAACUGAAGCAUUUUGAAUAUGCAUUGGGCCAGGUGCGGCGGCAGAUCACCAACGGCGUCAUUGCGGAGUACGAGCGAUGGAGAGAUGCGCAGUCCUAG